AUCCUGUCAAAACAGAAAACAAAGGCGCACGAUCACGUACGCCUGGCUUGUUGUAUUUAAUACGCAAAAAGUUCGCGAAACAUUGAUUUAAAGUGAAGGUCUAUAUUUAUAUACGAAUUUUCAAGUGCUGUGCUCACGUUUAUCGUUGAAAUGGCGACGCGGAAACUGAAUACCAUCGAAGAUUUGAGCGAAUCAUGGGUGGAACUCAACAGCGGUGGCGGUCUGGCCGCCGAGAACGAGUACAUAAGACUGCUUCGGGAAGCUCAGAGAGAGAGCCGGGACUCGUCAGUGAGGCACUCCAGGGCUUCCAGUGUCAAAGGAAGUCCGAAGUCGCCGCCAAACAGUCCCAACUUGGAACCGUCCACUGAAGACGAGCUCAGAGGAGUAUACAUCAACUGCUGGAGGGAUGAGUCCAACGACUGGGUGUGGGAGUGGAGCAGUCGGCCCGACCAGAUGCCCCCCAAGGACUGGCGGUUCAAGCACCCCGUGUCGGCGCGCGGGCCCCCCUCCGCCACCUCCUCCAUCGAGGUGCUGGAGCAGCAGCUCUGCCCCCCCACCAGCCAGCAGUCCAUCAACAUCGCACAAAAAAUAAAACGGCGCAGCUGCCUGUUCAGCCGCGGCGCCCUCGCGGCCGUGCUCGUCACCAACCUGGUCUCGCUGCUGCUGGGCGCGGGCAUCGGCGUUUGGCUGAGCAAACGCGGCAUGCUGCCCCCCAGACUGAUCGUGCUGAACUAGACAAGACUGACUCCGACCAGGCAGCCACACACAACACCCUGUAUACCAUCGCGGUCCACCCUGUAUAUUGUCUGCAUAAUCCUCAAAAUCUUA